AUGACAAAAGAUACUCUCCUCAUUACUGGUGCCACUGGCAUGAUCGGAUUCAGGACCCUUAUUCGUGUACUGGAGCAAGGCAACUUCAAUGUCCGCGUCGCUGUGCGCUCGCAGUCAAGCUACGAAAAGCUCCUGUCCUACAAACCCAUCACCCCCUACAUUUCGCAGCUAGAAAGCGUUAUUGUUCCUGAUAUUACAAUCCCUGGCGCCUACGACAAGGCUGUCAAGGGAGUCACUCACAUCAUCCAUGUUGCGUCUCCCAUCCCCAGCGCAAACACGGCUGAUUACGAGGUCGACUUGAUUCAGCCUGCCAUCCAAGGCACCGUUGGGAUCUUGGAGUCGGCGCAAAAAGUCGCCGGCAUCAAAAAGAUUGUCAUCACUGCUUCUGUGGCAUCCAUCGCUUCAACGGCGCAUGGCUCAUCCAGGGCCCCAAUCAAUGAGGAACAUCGCGUCACCGGAAUUACGAGGCCGUUUGAAAAUGCCUUUGUCGCGUAUUCUGCCUCCAAGGCGCUCUCGUUCCAAGCGACCGACGAAUUCAUCGCGAAAUAUAAUCCAGCAUUCACCGUCGUCAGGAUCCUGCCCACCUUUGUCGUCGGGCGCGACGAUACCGUGACCGAUGUGGCUCAGAUUGCCAAGGGCACCAAUGGGAAUGUCAUGGGCCCUCUCCUGGGACACCCGCACCAGAUACCGCUGCCGGGCAGCUCUGUGCAUAUUGACGACGUUGCCAAGCUGCACGUUCUGGCCCUGGAUCCCGCAAUUUCCGAUCACCAGAGUUAUCUCGCCAGCAACCCUGCCUCUAUCGAGUGGGCCGAAUCAUUCGACAUUGUCAAGCGCAGAUUCCCUGACGAAUAUGCAGCGGGGUUGUUCAAGUUUGACUCGAUUCCCAGACCGGAGUCUGGCCCCUUUCCCGUUGACAGCUCCAAGGCGACCAGAACAUUCAAUAUCAAGUUCAAAAACUUCGAGGAGCAAGUCGUGUCUGUCGUUGAUCACUACCUGGAACUGGUCCUGGCAAAAUAG